AGAAUGUAAAAAACGCAUGAAAAAUAGGUUAGUAAUUUAAGAAUGUAAAAAACCCGCAGGCCUAUAAUAAUAAUGAUAAUUAUUUAAGUUUUGGUGUGAUGUCUAUAUACACCUGUGUUGCUGAUGGCGCGCGGCACCACUCCGUCAGAGACCCCAUGUAGCUGACUGCUUCACGGGGGCGCGUGACGCCUCUGUUUCGCCUCCCACACGUCUGCCGCUGGUUACUCACGUUCUCCCCGUUAUUCAAUUCAAACCAAUUAAAAUCUUUCUUUUUCAAUAUGGCGUGUUGUCGGCAGUAGAAUAAUAUUAUAUUUUACACGCCGACCGUUUCACGGAGGCUGUUUCACUUUCACCGCUCCGUCGACGGGACAUGGAACCGAACCCAGCUAGCUCGACAAUAAGGAUUUGCUAAUGCUUGCUUUUUUUUCAUCAUAUUUAUAGGCUAAACGUAGCCUACUGAGUGAGCAGCGAGUGUUUAAUUGUUUUUACACUCACUGAUAUAGGCAUCAUUUGUCACCUCAUCCCAUCAGGUGUGACUUUGAAGGUUAUGGAAUACACAUAUGAUGAUGACCUGGAAGAGCUGUGUCCUGUGUGCGGAGACAAGGUGUCUGGAUACCACUACGGUCUGCUCACCUGCGAGAGCUGCAAGGGAUUCUUCAAGAGGACAGUGCAGAACAACAAGAGGUACACAUGUGCGGAAAACCAGGAGUGUAAAAUAGACAAAACCCAGAGGAAGAGAUGUCCUUUCUGUCGCUUCCAAAAGUGCCUCAGCGUCGGGAUGCGGCUAGAAGCGGUGCGCGCAGACCGCAUGCGUGGGGGGAGGAAUAAAUUUGGCCCCAUGUACAAGAGAGACAGGGCCUUGAAGCAGCAGAAGAAGGCUUUGAUACGAUCCAACGGGCUCAAGCUGGAGAGCGCAGCUCCUCCGCCGGCCUCUCCUCUGCAGACUGACUACGGCUUCACCGGCACCCUGCACAGCCUGCCCACCAUCUCCAAAAGUCUACUCCCCUCCACCCCGAGCUCCAUCACCCCAACAGACUACGAGGCCAACCUCUAUGGACCCCCAUCCCUGGGCAUGGCCAUGCAGUCCCACGUGCCCCUCACCACUCAGUACCAGUACACAGCCUUCCCCGGCAGGGCAAUUAAAGCAGAGUGUCCCGACUACACCAGCUCCCCGGAAUCUCUGACAGGAUACCCCUACCCAGACAUGUACCCCUCAGCCUCGCCGCAGCCGCCCAGCCUGCCGCCGCUGGUGCUGGAGCUGCUGCGCUGCGAUCCAGAUGAGCUGAUGGUGCAGAAUAAGAUCGUUGCUCAUCUGCAGCAGGAGCAGAGCGGCCGGGGCCGGCUGGACAAGCCCAGCACCUUCAGCCUCAUGUGUCGCAUGACAGACCAGACUCUCUUCUCCAUAGUGGAGUGGGCUCGGAGCUGCAUCUUCUUCAAGGAGCUCAGGGUGGGAGAUCAAAUGAAGCUGCUCCAUAACUGCUGGUCUGAACUUCUGGUCCUGGAUCACAUUUUCAGACAAGUGCAACAUGGACAGGAAGACAGUAUCCUGCUGGUGACCGGCCAGGAGGUCGAGCUGUCGUUCAUCCUGUCCCAAGCUGAGGCGACUCUGUCCAGUCUGGUCCAGAGAGGUCAGGAGCUGGCGGCGAGGCUGCGGGCGCUGCAGGUGGACCGCAGAGAGAUCGCCUGUCUGAAAUUCCUCCUCCUGUUCAACCCCAAUGUGAAGCUGCUGGAGGACCAGGCAUUCGUGGAGGGCGUCCAGGAGCAGGUGAAUGGGGCUCUGCUGGAGUACACCCUGUCCACCUACCCUCAGUUCCAGGAAAAGUUCAGCCAGCUGGUGGUGCGGCUGCCGGAGCUGCGCUCCCUAAGCACGCAGGCCGAGGACUACCUGUGUUACAUGCAUCUGAGCGGAGAGGUGCCCUGCAACAACCUGCUCAUUGAGAUGCUGCAUGCCAAGCGAGCGUGUGUGUGAGGGACGCACGCAGGAUGCUCCACCGUCAUGUGUUGUUUCUCUAGGUGAGACUGUGUGUGUGUGUGGGAGGGAAAGUGUGAGUGAGAUGAAAAAAUCUAAUAAAGAUAGACAGGUUCAUAUUGAGUCAUCUUUGGGAGGGAUUUUGUUUGAGUUAGAGAGGAGAAAAUAUUCUUUAGAGUUUGGAAUUAUAAAGCUCCAUCUGUACUCAAGGUAGUUUUAAGAUUUUGAAUGUUAAUGUUAAUGGAUUUUUACCCUGUUUUCAAAAAUCUAAAAUUAGAUCUGCCUGUAGAGUUACAUAAUAUAUUCUUUGACCAAAUAUCACAUGAACACAACAUCACCGACAAGAUUUUCUACGUCCCACAGAGCUGCCCAGCAAACAUUUAGACUCAGAGAAAGAGGCUCCAGCCUGCACCAGUGCUGAACAGUCAUGAAAACAUGGUGUCGGGAUGACUGUUGAGAUGUCUGUCCAUAGAUGCUGCCUGCAUUAUUUUGAAACAUCCGAACCUAAAUAUCUUUCGGAUAUCAUUACAAAGCCACUUUGAUAGGAAUUUUAUUGUGAGAUCUAGUGCGGCGUGGGCUGAUGUUGAACCGUCACCUCACAGGAUGGGACUGUUUGCAUGGAAACGUCUGUUGCCGAAUGCUUGCUGGGUGAGCCAAUGUGCACUUAUUAUGGCAGAUUUUAUAGUCUCUUUUCAGAAAUCAGAUUUAAGUGUUAAAAAUGUGUCUUUUUUAUCCAAAUGUCAGAUGCAACUUUAUGAUUCCAAGGUCACCAACCACUGUUCCUAGAUUAUUAUUAUAAUUUUUUUUUUAGAUGAAGACAGACUUCAGCAUAACACAACACACUGUAGUCUCUUCAGACCAGUCUAGCACUGCUCGUAUCGCUGCACUUGUUCUUUUUGCCACCAACCUUACAAAAAACCUAAAUAUGAAAGUUGUUUUAAUCUAUUUAGAUGUUAAUAUAUUGCUAUAUCAAAGCCAGACAUGCUAAGAAAACCAUUUUAUUCAGUUAUUCAUCAAACCCUUACCAAGAAAACAGAAAAUGCGAAUGAGAAAGAGAGAAAAACUGUACACAGUGAUGCUUUGUGGGUGAAAAAAUAAAAGAAAGCCAGAGCAGAGAGGAGCGAAAAAAGACACAUCAAUGUGCAAAUGAUAAGGGAGAGAUGAAUGACAAAGACAGCAGUUUCUUUCUUUUAAGUAAAUGUGAAAAGCAAAAGGAUCUGUAUCUGUAAGUGUCUGUCCUUCAGUUUUCACCAAGGUGCCAUACAGAGACAACACAGGGAGGGAAAAUGAAGGUGUCAUGUUCACGCUCACAUUUGUGUGACUUUUCAACACACUGUACUGUAUGUGGACUAGAGAUCGACUGAUCUAAGUGCGAGAAGGCCGAUACUGAUGUGUUUUGCACUGAAGCUGCUGUAGAGAUGGUUUAUAAUGAAAAUUCUAACAUUAUCCUAAUGAAUACUUUCUGUAAAUAAUGUUAAUGCUUAAUUUUUUCUUAUCGUCUGUGGCAGUCAGCCUCAAGCCCACUGGUUCCAACUGAAGACGUAAAUCUUUACUAACAGCUCACAAAGAUAUAGUUGGAUUUUAAAAAAGAUUCAGUAAUUUCCUAUAACAGCUGGUCACUUUAGUUUUUAUCUAAUGUUACUCAAACAGGAGCUGAUUUUUACACAUUUGGUGCUCUAGUGAGUAUUUACACCAGCAAGAUGACAAGUGUGUAAUCGCCGCAGAAGACGGGGUCACGUCCCACCCCAAUAUAUGAAAAAUGGAAAUUUGUCCCCCCCCCAAUAUUUGUAAAAUAAGCUAAUUUCUUCAAUUGUUUUGCCGAUAGUAUGAACAUCUUGCAACUUUGCAAAUACAUUUAUUUAAAAAUGGUUUAAAUAAAAAAUACGUUGACAAAACACAUAGUUCAGGUAGCAUUACAUUUCUUUUAUAUUUGCUGUUGCAAAUUAGUAGUGUAUAAACAUAUAAGACAAUUCAGUCUGAAAUCAUGUUAACUUUAGCAAAUUUCUGUCUGGAAGACGGAAUUAUUUUGUUUUGUUUUACCCUGACCAAUCAGUAGUGAGCGACUUAUCUGUCCUGUCGACAUCAUUUUUAGUCAACGCGGAAGCUUCAGGAGCGUUUUUGCUAGGAGCAGUAAAUUUCCGAAGAAAUGUGUCAAUUUAAAUUUCUGCAAGUCGACUUACAACAACCACUUGUACUGUUGCCUCAGUCAAUUUUAUUUUUCAUGGAUGUAGCUAGGUAGCUAGCUAGCUAUGUAGGAAGAUGACAUCUAUAAUCUUAAACCCCUUACCUCUGAUUGGUUGAUGUUGUUUCUUAAACCGGCAGAAUUAGUCGUCAGUGAGCACAACACCAGACCUUUUUGAAUCAGUUUAAAAAUGAGAGAUGGCUGCUGUGAUUCAGAGUUCUGGACCCAGUCUAGGAGAGACAGUAUUUAAUACACAUAAUGAUUUAUUUUCAAAUUUGACCAAUUUAUGUCCUCUAUAAAAAAUUAAAUAAAUACGUAAAUUAGUGUUUAAUCCAGACUUUUGUUCUUGUCAGGUUGAUGAGUGUAACCAUCAUGGGUCACUAAAACUCUCCACUGAUAAGAUAAAUAACUGACAUAGUCCUGCGUAUUGUAUACAUUUUUAAACAAAAUAUAUUAUCAGACAACCAGUAGCCAACACUGCAACAACUCCGCCCCAUACACAGUAUCAAAAACCUGAACUAUGGGUCAAAAACACUGUACUGUGUAUAUUUAGCAGUCAGUGUUUUAUCUGUGGCACUCUGUGUUGAAAAGUAACACUAAUGUAUUUUGUCCCAAACUGGACUCCCAGAUUUAUUAGAAGUGACACGCCCUUUUAAAAGCACGUGACUCUCAGCGAUGAUGACAAUGUAACUGCUAUUCACUGUCACCAGGACCAACUGAAAAACAAAGACACAGUCAAAGCAGUGUUUGUAAUAUUGUGCAGCUCAACUUUCUCACUGUGGACAUUUAAAAUCAUUCCUUGUUCGUCCAUUGAUGUGGCAGCGUCCGCCAUUUCAAGGUAUUGUAGACAAUCACUCCACCUGCCUUAACUUAAUGUCUGCCUGAAAGCACACACACACACCUUUGUUUUACAGUUGAGGCAGCUGUGUGUUAUCACUCUGUACAGUAUAUUUAUGUUGUGAAGUGAAUAUCUACUGCAAGAUGAAGAUACAUUUCAACCAAAAAAGUUCUCCGCUUUAUGUUGAGGUCAAAUCGCUACUGUUGUGGAACUGAUUCUCUUGAUAUAGCCUUUGUUUUUGCUCUUAGUUCACUUUUUAUUUUCCUGUGAGUUGACAGUCCGUCCCGUCUUAAACUGAAGUGUUUUUCUCCCAAAAGAGAAAGUGACCAAAACAUUUUGUUUUCUUUAAAUAUAUUUUAUUGUAAUAGCAUCAAACCAAUAAAAAUCAGUGAAAUAAA